AAUGUAAAGUGAGUCAAAGAAUAUGGAAUAUAACGUACAACUUCCUAACGACCUCUUCAAACGAUAAACCUCCACAAACUUUCGAAGAAGUAUUUUCAGCUUCAAACAUAACGGAACCACGGAAACGUAUCGCUGC